GGUUGCCAUUGCUUCUUAGCAAUUGGUCCUUCUUUCAGCUUCUAUAUUUUUUGUGCAACAUUAUUUGAAACUGCCCAUCUGAGAACUCCUCAUAUCUGAUGCUUUUCUUCUUGAUAUCUUGCCUUUCAUUUGUUCUCCUCUCUAAGUCCUUCCCUCUCAAGCCUCUCCCACCAUGGGCAAGUGAGAUGAGAUUGAUGUCUCUCUGUUUCUGGAAGGAGUUAUCUUGUUUCUUUUUGUCUUGGUUGAGAAAGAGUUGGCUCAUUGGUUUUUACUUUGAAAACCCAUCAGCUAUCUCCAUGAAAAGGAAGAGUUUUUCUGCAAAAGUGGAAAAUGUGGAGGAGUCAGAGGACACAUCUGUAUUAGAUUUGCCUGAAUUGGCCUUGGAAUGCAUUCUUGGGAAGCUUCUCCCUGAAGGAUUGUGUAAUAUGUCAGGGGUCUGCAGUUCUUUGAGGGAUAGGUGUAGAAGUGAUUACCUCUGGGAGAGGCACAUGAAGGAGAAAUGGGGAAGACUAAUUGGUCGUGCAGCUUCUCGUGAAUGGCAAUGGGAGAUUGCUUCUAAAAAGGAUUCAUGUGUCUUGGAAAGAUGCGGUCGGAAGCGCUUGAUCAGGUCCCUGUCUUGUGCUUGGCUUUUUUCAUGGUUCAAAUCCAAGGUGGAGAGUAGUAAUAAGCAAAAGAGUUCCUUGCCUGCUGAUUCAUUGAUGUCUAGGUAUCUCUCUCUUGAGAGUGGCAAGUUCUGGUUCCCAGGCCAGGUCUACAACCGUGAGCAGAAUGGGCAUGUUGGGUUUAUGUUAUCAUGUUAUGAUGCAGAACUAAGCUAUGAUUCCUGCACAGAUACCUUUCGUGCAAGAUACCCACCACAUGGACAGAGGACCAUUGUGAUAGAGGAUGGUGUGCAAUGGCACAGAUUAAGGGCACCACCUGUUGAUACUCCUCCUCAUGAUCUUUAUGUCUCUGACUGUUUGCCUGAUUUACGCCCAGGUGAUCAUAUUGAGAUUCAGUGGAGAAGAAACAAAGAAUUCCCAUAUGGUUGGUGGUAUGGGGUUGUUGGUCACUUGGAAACAUGCAGCAGGAAUGAGAAUCACUGCAAUUGUUACUCUAGUGAUACUGUCGUCUUGGAGUUCAACCAUUACACUCCAGGAUCACGAUGGAGGCGAGCGUCAAUCAGCAGGAAGGAUCAUCGGGAAGAAGGAAAUGAAGCAGAUGGGUUUUAUGGAGGAAUUAGAAAACUUUACAACAAGGAGGAUAUCUCAAUGUGGAAGCGGCUCUGGCCAACCGAAGUCUUAGAAUAGGUUCCCAUAGCUUAGAGAAAAUUAACUAUAUAUCCGAGCCUAUUUGAUUGAACCGCAGUAAAAGAAUUUAAUAACUCAAUAUAUUGUUUCUUAGAAGAUGGAUAGGCUUUGGUUUUAGAUGGAUGGAUGCGGAGGCCAUGUUUUUUGAUGCGACUGUGGGAAUUCGUAGCCAUUUGAUGCGACUCCUAUCCAUGCUUGAGGCCUCCUUGUCCUUAGUCUUAGUGUCAUUGCAAAUACUACUGUACCAUAUUGACACAUUAUAGAAAUCUAGUGUAACCUGUACAAAACUUAUUCCACCAGUCCACUCAAUUUAUAACCUAACCUUCUUCUCCUAAUUUUAAGCAUUCAUGCAUUACUUGAUUGUAGUCUUCUUGAAGGGAAGGAAACAUCUUUUCUGACA